AACAUUGACAUUCAGAGUGAGGUGUAGCUCCACUGGUGGUAGAGCUCUCAACAUGGCCGUCUCUGGACCUAAUGAAUACUAUGACAUCACUGACGACAUAAAGCCAAUUGGUACUCCACAGUUUCUGAGUAAUGACAGGUACACUGCCAGGACAGACGUCAUAUCCAGUGGCAUGGUUGGAAAUGUAUUCCACUGCAAUGUCACUAAUUUUGCAUCAAACUUUAGCAGUGUGACUUUGAGAGCUGCUGCUUCAACCAUCACUGGACUAUUGCAAACUGCUCUUACCACUGUCAUGGUGACGUGGACUCCACCACCAGAAGCUGCGGUGAAUGGAUACACAGUACGCUACCGUCUUUCUAGUGGUAAUGGCGAUGAUGGGACUAAAACUGUUCGUCAAGGCUCCACAAGCACUCCAAUCAAUGAUCUCACUAGCAGAGAGACAUACACCUUUUCAAUUGAGGCUACUGCGAGCAACAUGCUACCUGGAGUAUCGGAGGAGAUGAGUAUUACACUGGCAAUGACACACCAAUGUACUAUUAAAUAUGCUGAUAGUCUCCAGUCAUCUGGUUCAACUGGUAUGAUUGUUGGAGUGGUGAUAGGCCUACUUGGUGUAGCAGUGGGUGUCUCUGGACUCAUCGGUGGAGCAGUUAUUGCCAAAAGACACAGACCAGCUGAGGCCAAGGCAACAGGGGCCAACCCAGCGCAUGGUAUGAGUGGUCCUCAUGGGAAACCAGCAGAGACUGGAGGAGUUUAUGACAUUCUUAAGUACACCUAGCCACCAUCUGGGGCUGAGGGGGUUUAUGAGGGUGUCUAUUGACAUAACCCCUACGUACAGCUACUUAGUAUACAGUAUAAUAAUGUAUGUUUUGAGUCCAUGUAGUGACAUGCAUUCUGUGUGGGCCUUUUUAUAAAAAGUGCAAGUAUUGUGUGAC